AUGGAUUCGGCUCUAUACAAUAGUGCUCCGGGUGAACUCUCGAUUAUCAAGGCCGAAAUCUCGCUUGCUUUCAAGCCUGAUAAUGAGUGGUUGCUGGUUGAAAGCACCAACGAGGGCAGUAAAGCUGGCUAUAUACGAGCGAACUACGUAGAGACACAUGUAGAAGGCACUGAAGAAGAGGCAACGGAAGAGCAGCUGGCAGAUCAACGGAUUAUAGUUCCACCUUCACCCACCACUUCUCCACCCACCUAUGUCGAUCCUGCAGAUAGAGUCGCAUCAUCCAAACUAAACGCCGAUGAUAUCAAGACUUGGUCUGUAUCCGAGGUCGACAAGAAAGGAAAGAAGAUGAAGGGAAUACUCGGUAUAGGUAGUGGAGCAGUGUUCUUCGCCAGUGAAACCAGCAAGGCCGCAGUGCAGAAAUGGCCCACAAGCUCUUUCAGUAAUAUAAAUGUUGAAAAGGCUAAACAUGUCCACUUUGAUGUUGAGGGCGGAGUCAGCUUACAUUUCAACGUUGGCUCCAAGAGCAACUGCGAAGCGAUUGUCGCGCAGCUAGAAUCUUCGAAAGCCUUAGCUCUUCAACCUUCGGAGGAAGCACCUGCGCCGACACCCAGCAGAUCUCCUCCGCCACCUUGGUUAGGUUCGCUUCCAACAAGAGCAGUCAAAGCCUCCGUACAUUUUGCUCCCGAGUCCCCCGCAAUUAUACCGUUUCCCCAAGAGGAAGAACCAGAAGAGGAGGGAGAAAUGGCUGUAGCGCUUUAUCCGUUUACUGCCGAUGGAGACGAUGAAUUAUCUGUGAUCGAGGGCGAACAGCUAUUGGUGCUACAAAAAGAUGGUGACGAGUGGUGGAAAUGUCGGAAUGCUGAAGGCGCGGAAGGAGUGGUCGCUGCGUCAUAUAUUGAGCUCGCGCCUUCUAACCGGCAGACUGCACCAAGAUCCACUCCCCUCGAAGAGGAACCAGAGGAGGAAGAGGAAAAGGAGGAUCUUGCGGCGAAAGAGGCACAACCCCGAGAAAAAGCAGAGACGGAAGCUGCUGCUGCUGCGGCCGCCAAACGUGCGCGGAAAGAGGAAGAUAGACAGAGAAAGAAGAGGGAGGCGCAAGCGCGAGCAAAGGCUGCUGAGGCCCAGCGGGCCAAGAGGACUCGUUCUUCACCUAACAAAGACCGCCCUAGCUCUUCAUCAGGACGAACCUUCACCAAAAAUGGUUGUAUGUGCCUUUUUUCCUGGCCUGUUUCCAAACCUAAGGACU